CCAAGAUUUACUGUUUUAUAUAUUUUAUACUACAGAUGUGAAAGUAUUAUAACAAAUUAAUCCUAAAAAAUGUAUAGAAAAAUAAGUAUAACUAGGAAUAUAUUUAAUAUUAGAUUUUUAAGUAGUGCAGGACCACCGCGACCUGAAGGCCCUUUAUUUCCGAGAAAAGAUGAUUUUCCAGGUAGACAUAUCGGUCCUAGGGAGGCUGAUGUUAGUUCAAUGUUAGACACAUUGGGUUUCAAGAGCUUAAAUGAAUUAACGGAUAAAGCAGUACCAAAAAACAUAAGAUUGGAAGGAAAAUUAGAUAUUGAAGACCCGAUAAGUGAAUAUGAACUCAUCAAAAGAAUAACCGAAAUAGCAAAAAAAAAUGAAUUAAGGAGAUCGUACAUUGGGAUGGGCUACCAUAAUUGUUGUGUACCACAUACAAUUAUGAGAAAUAUUUUUGAAAAUCCAGGAUGGACAACGCAAUACACACCAUAUCAACCUGAGAUUGCACAAGGUCGUCUAGAAGGGCUCCUCAACUAUCAAACUAUGGUAAGCGACCUUACUGGGUUAGAAGUAGCCAAUGCCUCUUUAUUAGAUGAAGGAACAGCGGCCGCCGAGGCUCUGGCAUUAUGUUACAGGCACAACAAGAGAAAGAAGCUCUAUCUUUCACAUUUACUGCAUCCUCAAACUAUCUCAGUGGUUCAAACUCGAUGUCAAUCAUUAGGAUUAACCGUCGAAGUAGUAGAUGUAUUUCAAGCUAAUUUUUCUGGACGAGACGUUGCUGGUAUUUUGUUUCAAUAUCCAGACACCGAAGGGAAUAUUCUUGACUUGGAUGCUGUUGCUGAUGAUGCACAUACUAAUGGAACUUUGGUUUGUUGUGCCACCGAUCUACUUAGUCUUACGAUUCUUCGGCCACCAAGCGAGAUUGGAGCUGACAUUGCCAUAGGUACGUCGCAAAGAUUUGGAGUUCCUUUAGGUUAUGGGGGUCCACAUGCAGGAUUCUUUGCUUGCAACCAAUCAUUGGUUCGACUUAUGCCAGGCAGAAUGAUUGGAGUAACAAGGGAUGCGGCAGGUAGAGAUGGCUAUCGACUAGCUCUCCAAACUAGAGAACAACAUAUACGAAGAGAUAAAGCAACAAGUAAUAUUUGUACUGCACAAGCGUUACUAGCAAAUAUGUCCGCAAUGUACGCUGUCUACCAUGGGCCACAAGGUCUCAAAGAUAUCGCAACGAAAGUGCAUAACACGACUUUGACAUUAUGUUAUGGUUUACAAGAAGACGGAAACACCCUGAGCAACAAAUAUUUCUUUGAUACCCUUAAAGUUUAUCCAAAAUUAAAUCUUCAGGAAGUUAAAAGCAGAGCCGAUGAAAAAAAGAUUAACUACAGAUAUUACACCGAUGGAGCUGUGGGAGUAGCUUUGGAUGAAACGGUUUCGUUUGAUGAUGUCAACGACAUUUUAUAUACAUUUGGUAGCUCAUUAGAUAUACAAAACCUUAUAAAUGAUCCCAAAAUUAGAGACAGAGCACUAUAUCGAAGUGAUUUUAAGAGAACUUCGCCAUUCCUUACGCAUUCAGUAUUUAACUCGCACCAUUCCGAAACUAGAAUAGUCAGGUACAUGAAGGUAUUAGAAAAUAAAGAUAUCUCAUUGGUUCAUAGUAUGAUUCCUUUGGGAUCUUGCACUAUGAAACUGAAUUCCACUACCGAAAUGAUGCCUUGUUCAUUUAAACAUUUUACUGACAUGCAUCCAUUUGCCCCUAUAGAGCAAUGUGUGGGUUAUCACCAAUUAUUUGCCGAACUAGAAAAAGAUCUUUGUGCAAUAACUGGUUAUGAUAAAAUUAGUUUCCAACCAAACAGCGGAGCACAAGGGGAGUACGCUGGUUUAAGAGCAAUACAUUGCUACCAUCAAGCUAGAGGUGAAUCUCACAGAGACGUUUGUUUAAUUCCGGUAAGUGCACACGGAACCAACCCAGCCAGUGCCCAAAUGGCAGGUAUGAAAGUAGAACCAAUUAAAAUUCGUAGUAAUGGCACUGUUGAUAUAGAUUUAUUAAAAGCUAAAGCUGAAAAAUUCAGAGACAAUUUAUCAUGUCUCAUGAUUACUUAUCCUGCAACUAAUGGAAUAUUUGAAGAGGGAAUAGCUGAUAUUUGUAAUAUUAUACAUGAAAAUGGAGGGCAGGUGUAUUUAGAUGGUGCAAAUAUGAAUGCUCAAGUAGGACUAUGUCGACCAGGAGAUUAUGGUAGUGAUGUAUCUCAUUUGAAUCUUCAUAAAACUUUUUGCAUACCACACGGAGGAGGUGGUCCUGGCAUGGGCCCUAUUGGUGUUAAAUCACAUCUAGCACCCUUCCUUCCUGGACAUCCUGUGAUAAAUCCUCUUGGAGAUGAUGCUACUAAUUAUGGUGUUGUAAGUUCUGCUCCUUAUGGAUCUAGUGCAAUAUUACCCAUAUCAUGGGCAUAUAUCAAGAUGAUGGGUCCUAAAGGUUUGAGAAAAGCAACGCAAAUUGCUAUUUUAAACGCAAAUUAUAUGUCAAAAAUAUUGCAACCUUAUUACACAACUUUAUUUAAGUGUCCAACUUCAAACUUAGUCGCUCACGAAUUUAUUAUAGAUACAAGAGAAUUUAAGAAAACAGCUAACAUUGAAGCGGCCGAUAUCGCCAAAAGGCUAAUGGACUAUGGUUUCCAUGCGCCUACAAUGAGUUGGCCUGUAGCUGGUACAUUGAUGAUAGAACCUACAGAAUCUGAAGACAAACAAGAACUUGAUCGAUUUUGUGAUUCGCUUAUAUCUAUCAGAAACGAAAUUAAAGAUAUUGAAACAGGACUAUCUGAUCGAAGAAUUAAUCCAUUAAAGAUGGCUCCGCAUACACAGGAACAAGUAAUAAGUAGUUCUUGGGAGAGGCCUUAUUCUAGAGAACAAGCCGCUUUUCCUGCUACAUUUGUAAAACCGGACACAAAAAUGUGGCCUACCGUGGCCAGAAUUGACGAUAUAUAUGGUGAUAAACAUUUAGUAUGUACAUGUCCUCCGAUUUUAGAUCAAUACAAUUAUUAAUUUUAAAAUAAAUUAUAUUUACCAACUAAGUACUUAAUUGUUAAUAUUUAUUUAAAUUUUGUAUUAUUAUUGUAAGCAAAUUCAUAAAAUAUUAUAUUUAAAUAAAAUCUUUCUUUGAACAACUUGAUGAA